AUGUCAAUGAUCGUUCGUCACAAUCAACAUGCUCAACAAGUACCGUAUGAUGAUGCUUCAUUGAGGCGACUUAAAGAUCAUGUCGUCGAGAUCAAUGUCAACAAGUUGAAGGACACCAAGAGACAGAUUGAAUCAUGCUUCAAUAUCAUCAAAUCAAUUAAGUCGAAGUUCUCCACCGCCGCCGACACCGAGUUUGAUGGGCUCAUUCUGUCGUUGAAUGCGGACCGUUUCUCAUUGUUCGAACUGGAGACGCGCAUAUGGACAUCGGACGACAAUUUCAAAGGUUCAUUCAAUCGUUUGUUCCGCUUUGUCACCUGCUCAGUGGUCUACGCACUUGGCAAUAUCUAUGUGUUUGGCGGCGGGCGCAAUGAGAACAAUGCCAACCCUCAAGUAAAUACGUGGUCUCGAUGCUCGCUGACAGAGAGGCGAAUCUUCAGCGCACCCAUGAAGGACGUCGAUUGUGUACAACAUCUGUCCGCGUGUUACGAUGGCAAAAAGUACAUCUACAUCGUCGGAGGCCAGAACAUCAAAGAGAAGGAUCUGAAAGGUGUGUACCGCUUCGACGUGGAAACGGAGCAGUUUGAGAGAUAUGGCGAGCUUUCGUCGCGACUGUCCAACGCCAGCACACACAUUGACAGCUACUCCAACUCAAUCAUUAUCGUUGGAGGGGACUACAAGCAUUGCGUCAAAACAUUCAAUGUGCUCACGCGAAUAACCGACGUCCUCCUGAUGUUUGACAAUAUCGGAUUAGACUCGACCACAGACUGUCCGUACCUCACUGAUGAACUACACAAUCUAAUCUACUUUGAUAAUUCAUUUGGCAUUAUGUUCAUUGGUGGACAAGGCAGGAACUAUCUAUACUCCAUACAACACGAUCAAUGGACAUUGAUCCAAGAUAAUGAUCAGGUCAGAGACCGCGCUGAUCUUGGCGCGUGCUUAAUACGUGACUGA